CGGUGUUUCAACUUUCAAGAGUUUACUGAUAUCAUGUAAUAUGGCGGAUUGUAAAAAUUUGAAUAGUGUUGUGGUUAAGGACGAAAUUUUGUCCUCAAAAAGGAAUAAAUGUCUGCAAAGCAGAAAAAGAUGAGGGAACGCCAAUUCAAAUUUUAUAGAGAAAGCCGCCAAAUCCAUAUCAUCUUGCACAGCCCAUGUUAAGGAAACUUUCAUAUUGGCAAGUCAUAGCUUACACGGAACAAUCUUAAAUAUUCACAGCAGAUUUGUGCCUCCUGUUUUUGUGCGGCAAAUGGAUUAUAUUAUUUGGUGAUUUAGGAAAAUUGAGAGGAGAAUUUUUAUACAUAUACCAUAUAUAUUAUUUUGCAAAAAGUUAUAAUUCAAAUUGCUGGCAUCCUUUGUAACAAAUAGAAUUCUCUUUUUGGUGAAUCAAAUAUGGCAACAGACUCAUGGAAGCAAAGUUAUGGCUUUAUUGAGUGUGCUGAACAGGAUCUUCAAGUGUUCUUUCAUUACAGUCAGUACAAAGGACAUUCAAGUGAACUGGAACUUGGUGACUGUGUGGAGUUUGAAGUGACAUCAGAUUCUCGUAAGGGUAAACCAAUUGCAUGUCGAGUGGUGAAAUUGGAACAAGGCUCUGUUACAUUUGAAGAAAAAAGCGAGGAAAGAGUUGUUGGUAAAGUGGAAGUUGAGGCGAGGUUGUCGAGACACAGCUACCCCAAACAGCAGUUAUUUCGCAAUGGCGAGUCCGAAUGUGGUCGCGUUAGUUAUGAAGUGAACGGAGAAUUGUUUUUUCUUCCACAUUAUCAAGCUGGUGUUUUAUCAAAGUCUCACAUCUACAAAGGUGAUACUGUGUCUUUUUACAUCCUGGAAAACAAAAGAAAUGGACAAUGCUGUGCCGUGGAGUUGUUGCUGCUCGAAGCUUUGCCUCCUGUUUACGUUCAAGGAAUUGUCUGCUCGCUCAAGGAAUCGUUUGGCUUCAACGACAGAGCUGACAAAGUGAACGAGGUAAAGAAGUUGCAGUCUCAGUGGAGCGUCUACCAGAAGGUACAGUGAAAUUUGAUGAUGUGAGCAAAGACACAUUUCAAGGCACCAUCGAGAAAGUACAUUGUCGGACAAAAGACAGGAACCGUUAAAUGGUGUGAUAUUGUACAACACAAGCAAUGGUAGUUCACAGCUGCCAUAUUGGGAGAAAGAUGUCUUGGGGGAGUUCACCGUCUUGACUUGGGAUGUUGUUGGUUUUAAAAUUGCUACAGAUCGGCGUGAUUCUUUAAGAAGAGCAACGGAAAUUCAUCUCAUCAAGGAAGUGGAAAGCAGCAAUGGAUGCAAUGUCAGAGAAAGAGAACAAGAAAUCAACUUUUCCGGUGAAGUGGAGAUCAGUGUAGUCGAGGAUCACGUGUCCGGAAGGCUGAAUGCGAUUCGUGUGAGAAUCUUACCACGGGAAACAUAACUCUCCAGGAAAAAAUCUCAAACCUCAGAGAUUGGAUGUUGUGUGUUCAUUAAAGUGUUGUAGCUGUACGUAUUGUAUGUGGGUCAAAUAAAGCGUCAUUUACACAUCGGAUUUUCGUAGCAUAUGAGAAUAUAUCCAUUUGAAGGUAACCAAACGUCACGCCUUGCGUUAUCGAGCAUUUUUGCUAACAUAAACAUAUCUGGAGAUACCCCCAACAUGGACGACUUUGAAAGAAUUUCCUCUUCUCAAGAUUCAUACAAUUUCUCCCUUAAUGAGGGCCUCAUUAUCAAUAGCUACAAGUCUUCACUUAUCGACAGUAUAGUAAAAAUACAGUAGAGCAAGUCUAUUGAAUUUUUUGUGCUACGUAUAUCUCAUUGCGCGUAUGAUUACUAUAUUGGAAGCUAGUAAAUUGACUUUUUUUGAGUAAUAGGAGUGCUAAGCUGGCUAACGGCAGUCUGUUACCUAAUUAUAUGUACAGUAGCAAGUUUCUCAGCAAAGGGGACCUUUGGUAUGUUUCCUUUACUAUGACUUAACACCUGUCCAAGGCAGUUCUAUUCAACUCUUUAAUUUCACUAUAUUUUGCUUCCUAACUUCGUAAUUUAUAUAAUCUAUUUGACACCGUCUCAUUUUGUAUUCUAACACCUUAUGUAAAUAUGAUUAUUUCUCAUAACAUCCUAUUAAGCAUGCAAUGCUACCCAACCUUCCGAUUUGUUAAAUAAAGCCCUAUAAUGCAGCGGA